AGGCAGCCAGCGGAAUCACCUUCCUCUCCGCAGCCGAGCCUGGUCCCGGGCUGGCCCCUCUGCUGCCUCCUGAGCGGGCCAUGCCCCCGCGGGAUCUAAGCGAGCCUGACCCACCGCCCCUCCGGGCCCCAACCCCUCCUCCGCGGCGGAGCAGCGCACCCGCAGAGCUGGGCAUCAAGUGCGUGCUAGUUGGCGACGGCGCAGUGGGCAAGAGCAGCCUCAUCGUCAGCUACACCUGCAAUGGGUACCCCACACGCUACCGGCCCACGGCCCUGGACACCUUCUCUGUGCAAGUUCUGGUGGACGGAGCCCCGGUGCGCAUUGAGCUCUGGGACACAGCAGGCCAGGAUGACUUUGACCGGCUUCGCUCCCUCUGCUACCCGGAUACCGAUGUCUUCCUGGCCUGCUUCAGCGUGGUGCAACCCAGCUCCUUCCAAAACAUCACAGAGAAAUGGCUGCCCGAGAUCCGCACUCACAACCCGCAGGCGCCGGUGCUGCUGGUGGGCACCCAGGCCGACCUAAGGGACGAUGUCAAUGUACUGAUACAGCUGGACCAGGGGGGUCGGGAGGGCCCAGUGCCCCAACCCCAGGCGCAGGGUCUGGCUGAAAAGAUCCGGGCCUGCUGUUACUUAGAAUGUUCGGCCUUGACACAAAAGAAUUUGAAGGAGGUAUUUGACUCGGCCAUCCUCAGUGCCAUCGAACAUAAGGCCCGGCUGGAGAAAAAACUGAACGCUAAGGGUGUGCGCACCCUCUCCCGAUGCCGUUGGAAGAAGUUCUUCUGCUUUGUUUGAACUGCUAUGGCAGAGUGUCAGCAGUGGACCAAUGGUCAGAGACUUCUGGAACCUGGGGCACAGGGCCUUUGAAAGGGGCUACUGACAUGGCCAGGACACCCCAUGGGACUCAGUUUCCUUCUGAACACUGUGGGGACACAAGGUGUCGAAUUGCCCAUUCCGAUAUGCCAGGGUGAGCCUGGAAG